AUGUCGGAGGCGCGGUGCUGGAACGUCGGAGGUGGCGUCCUCGGCCUGACAGGAGCCCGGGAGACUCGGUGGAGCUGGAAGCAGGCCUCCUGGGCGGGGCCUCAGCCGGAAGCAGGCCUCCUGGGCGGGGCCUCAGCCGGCCUGACAGGAGCCCGGGAGACUCGGUGGAGCUGGAAGCAGGCCUCCUGGGCGGGGCCUCAGCCGGAAGCAGGCCUCCUGGGCGGGGCCUCAGCCGGAAGCAGGCCUCCUGGGCGGGGCCUCAGCCGGAAGCAGGCCUUCUGGGCGGGGCCUCAGCCGGAAGCAGGCUGUGCCGCGGUGUGCUGUGCCCCCUGGAGGCAGAGGCAGAGGCAGACGGAGCAGGCGGGAGGCUGUGGAUACCUGGAGGACGGACGGAGCCAGGGCCGAGGAGGGGUGGGCUCUGUCACAGGCUUGGGGGUCACACUGCGGAGUCCCCCCCCCACGGGCGCUGCUGCAAAGCUGAGUCCUGUGCCGGCCCGGCGCCGUGCACCUGAGAGCACAGGACGGCAUCAGCUGCAGAAGCCCGGGACUGCCGCCGCCAGAUCCUCCCUGUGCCUGUCGUCGGGUGCGCUGACUCUGCAGGACGUAGGCAGGUCCCCAGUCCGUCCUGUGGGGAGCUGGGCCGCGGUGCCUGCGGGUGAGUGCAGCACCCGGCGCUCUCUCCUGUUCUUCCCACAUGUGGACGCCUCCCUGCGAUCACUUGAUCAGGGAUUGGACAGAUCAGAGACAAGGACAGACAGGCCCAGAAAGGUGUGGCAUGGAAGUGCCAGCUACUACAGCAGGAGCAUUCCCCACCCUGCCCCGCAGGGAGCCCGUGCCCCACGCAAACCCCACCUGCAGGCGUCAAGUUGGCCAAGUGCCUCCGGCUGCCCUUCCACUGCUGAACGCUCCAUGUGCAGAGACUUGUCUUGAAUCUCUAGACAGAAAAUGCUUCCCACACAUUUCCAGGGAAGAAAAUUUGCCCCCAAAACAAUAAUUCAUUCCUUGUUGAAUAGGAGUGGUAUUUUCUGUGUGCUGUGUUGGGGACAUGGGUUCGGGUAACCUAGAGCUUGCACUUAGGAAAAGUAGGAGUUACUUCCUCUCUUCCUGUUGCCUAUUUUGGCUUCUAAAAUAUGACCAGUGCCCGGGAGCUCUCGUGGAGGAGUGGAUAUCAUGUGCCCUCAAAAGCCCCUUCUGACCCUGAUGAAGUUUGGGAAUUUGGGUUCCUACCUCUUAGCUUGGCCUUGAUGACAUUGUCUUGCAGCCCACACCUCCCCUCACUGCCGGUUUCAUGACCUUUGGAGCAGUAAGGAAGAUAGACCUUCCAUACCUGAAGAGAAGGUCAAACACAGGUAUAUUUUUCAGAAACUAGUGGCUUAAUCAUUUUUUAGAAGUUUUCAGCGACCAGAGGGUCACACAGGUGGGCAGGAGUGUUGGGGGUUAUUGCUGCAGUGGGUACUGCGCUGGCUGGGGAAGGUCUUAGGAACAGGGCAGACGCUGCCUAAGAUUCUGUCACGUGGGCAUGCUGAGGUGUUGGGGAAGCACACUGGGACCUGAUGUUGGUUUCCUCGCUGCCAAGUUACCUUGAGUGGGAAAGGAAGAAAAUAAAAUGAAGGUGGGAAAGAAGCCCUUGCUGGUGAACAAAGGUGUUCAUGCCCCAUUGUGCCCUGGUCAUGCCCCUGUCCUGCUCCCCACUUCCCAGUCUGACCAGGCACCACAUCCUUGGCUCGCUGAUGCCAUUUGGCAGAAGCAUACAUGGUGCUGCUCUUCUGGCACCAAAGCAGCAUCUGCAGGGCUAUUGUCAGGCACUGCAGCUGCCUCUUCAGGGAAGGUGACCUCAGUGCCUUCCUUCCAUCUAUGCUGAUGACAACAUGCAAGGUCUCGCCCUCAGUGCGGACAUUUCACCUGUCAGGAUGGAGGCUACCUUUGUGCUCUUCAUGGGCUUGGUGGAGCCAUGCUAGAUUUCCCCAGAACACCUGCAGCUCAUGGUCCUCAGGUGAGUCCUGCACUGUGCACCAAGGUCACAGAUAUUUGGGGGCUCACCAUGCACAUUCACAGAAUGCUCUCUUUGACCAAGACUGCACAUAUAUCCACCCUUAAAAUACAGGUCUGGAGAGAAGGCAGCUACAUGUUUACAGACUGGGACUCAAAAUGGGUGGCUUUCCUAGAGGGUACUUGAGAUAGUUUUUCCAGAAAAAUUUGUAAAUGCAAGGUAUCAAAACAGCAAACAACAAACAAAUGUCCACUACAGCCCCUUACCCUGCUGUACUCCUGUUUUCUUGUCCAGAGUUAUGCCAUCGACCUGCAGUGUCAGAGCUUGGGGUUCCUGAAAGAAUCCAGAGCCUGGGGAGGCCCUGGGAAGGACUGGGUGUGGGAUGGGUCCCAGGGCGAGGAACGUGUAGAAGUGGAGAACCAGUGAAGGACCCCAACAUCCUUGUGGAUAGUUCAGCCAAUAACCCGUCCUCUCAGUCCUGCCAUCCUCCCACCCUAGGGUUCUUGCCUCCAUUCCAGUGCAGUUACGACCCCACCUGGAACUUGUCGUCAGGUGCACCUCUGACAUCUGCAGGAAUGCAGCUUGAUGUUCCACCCUUUGACCUCAUCCCCCAUUCUUCCAGCAUGUGCCAUCAAUUUGUCGUUUUUUCAACUCCAGAUCAUUAAUUUUUCUACUUACUCAUCUAUCUAUGAAGUUCUUGUCCUCAUUUCCUCCCUCAUCAAGAUGGACUUCAGGGUCUACUUGGUACCCAAUAUUUUAAAAGCUCCACUUCAAAUAGGCCUCAUCCAAUUCCCUUUAAUCCUUCCUAUUUGGCAGAAUCUCAUCUCUGCCUUUUCCAAAAAUGCCUUCCUAAAAGUAACUCUUGGAUUAAAUCUCACAAGUCUACUGGCACCAUGAUAAAAUUUAUGGUCAACCCUAGCUCUGUCUGGAAAUAUUUCACUCAUUCAUUCCAAAAAUAAUGGUCUAGUGCUUACUAACAGUAAAGAAAACAAAUAGAACUUAGGUCACUUUAUUUUUAGUCCACUCUCUACCAUGCUAGUCAAAUCUGUUUCAAACUUUCUGCACUUUGCUUAAACUUAGGCCAUCUCCACUUGCUUAGCAGAUGUGUUGAACUCACUAUUCACAGAGGAACUAGAAGCCACUAGGAGGGAAUUUUGCAUCAAAAAUCCUUUUAAAUAAAAACCAUAUCCAUUUCUCCUUUCCCUCUUUCUUUUUGUUGUAUAGAAAGAGAUUUCCUUCUAAGGUUUCUAUCCUCAAAGGAAUUACACUUUCUGAACUGUCUUUAUACUAAGGAAUAGUUAAAACAUAGUCUUUUUGUUUGUUUGUUUGAGACAGGGUCUUGCUCUGUUGCCCAG